GCGCAUUCUUCAUUGUUCGUUCAAUUGAGCAACGUGCUCUGGCUAAUUUGGCACUCGGAAUAACAUAAACCCAGCGAAUAUGAAUCAGUCGGCGGGGGUCCAUAAAAAGAAGCCAAGGAUUCGCAAUCGCCAGCGAAACAAGAUCAACCAGGCGCAGCAGGAUCAGGGGGAAUCUCCCGAUGCUCCAGAUACUCCACUCAAAAGUAAUGGCUCCCAAGCAGCAACUGCUAUACAAAGUGAACGUCCAGUUGAAAGUCACUUACCUAAUGGAAACCCACUGCUUGAAUUAUUAUCACGAAAUGGUCAAGUGGAAAAUCCGCAAGAGGUCGAUACAAUCCGGCUAAUACAGCAACUGUUACGUAGGAAAUUAUUGGCCAAAAAUAGUGCCGUGCCAUCCAGUGAAAACAAGCCAUCCACCGAUCAAGCCAAAAUAGUUACCCAACCAAAGGAAACCAAAAGUGAAGAAAAGAAACCAAAGAUUUCAACUGCUUCGGUAACUUCAAAAACCAAAACGGAAUCCAAGACAUCCGCACUUUCAAAGGAAGAGGAAAUAAAUGACCUGCUCAAAUGCCUGGGCAGCAAAUUGCCGAAGGGAGCUGGUGAAUCCCCAGCAGCGGCGUUGUUCAGCAAUCUUGGAAAGCUCUUCAGCCAAGCGCCGCCCAGCGAUGUGGAGUCAUCCGAUGAGGAGGUGGAGGAGUAUGUGGAGUACAUCUAUAAGCCACGGCAAUACUUCAUGGCCUCGUUGUGCAAUUUCUGCAAGUCGGACCUGUGUGCUCAAAAUCGGAUACCCUGCUCCCGCUGCGGACUGAGCUACUACUGCAGCAGUGGGCACAUGAAAGACGACCAGGAGCACCGGCAGCUGUGCUACGCCCUGCGGCAGACGGUGGAUCGCAAUGGUCACGAGAUGUUCUACAAGUGCGGCGACUUCAGUAACGAGCAGUUCCGCUCCUACCGGAUCGUGUGCAUUCGCCAGGUGGAGAAGGAGAUGAAUCGUCAGCUCACCGCAACGGAACGGGAGUUGCUCCUAUUCCCCCUGAUCUGUGCCGAGUCGAAGUGCCGGGAGCACCGCUUCAAACGUCUAUCCAUGUGCGGAGGAUGUGGAGAGGUGGCCUUCUGCAAGGAUAAGCCGGAGCACCGCGGCAAGGAGCACGCCAAGUGGUGUGGAGCCUAUCAAAUUUUCAAGGCCUUCAUCAUGUUUCAGGAAAAGUUUGGACGUAUGGAGCCUUCUCUGCCCAAUAAGAUCCUUAGAGAGCUGCCCAUGACUUGCUCCAACACUAGACAGAUGAUGAAGAAGCUGAACUUCAAUGUUACCAAUGAGUGCGAGUACGCAGCGCUUACCCAGGUGUCCACUGGCCCAUUGACUGCCUGGUUUGCCCUAAAACUUUGCGAGCGGCUAAGAAACUGCGAGGAGAUGACUCUUCACUUGAUUGGAGCGGAGAUCGAAUUCGAGGCGGAUAUGCUACAGAAAUGGGAGCUCUUCCUGCUCCACAUAACUCCAACGGUUAAAACCCUAAAUGUGGUUUUUGUUGGACCUGAACUUAAUCCUAACAACAUAUCGUUUGAACAGCUAAAGAAAAUCAAAUGCUGCCGUUCCUGCCGAAAAGCUCAAAGAACUGUUAACUAUCAUUUUGAGAAUAGCUUAUACCACGAUUACUGCGGAGAAGCGAGCUUUCUUAAGCCAAAUUUAAUUUGCUUCUUCAACUGCGGUCUUUACCGAUCCACUGGAUUCGCACUGGAGGAUACUUGGCCAGAUACCAUUCAAGCCGCACUUAAUCUGAACUGCCCCAUUGUAGUUACUUCAUAUACGAAGUACGAGGCACCAUUGGAUAUGGUUCAAUUCAUCAACCAAUCGAAUCGCCACUUAAAUGUCGUUAUGCCACCAACUGUAAAUCCAUUUACCUCGGAAAAGCCAGAACGUAAUUUUAUUUCAGAUAAUGAGGCUCCUUUUAUGUUUAAGAACUUCUAUUGUUUUGUUGUUGACUAAUCGUAGUUCCACACUGUUUAGUUUAUGUGUUUUAAUAAACACACCAAUUUCAAACAA